AUGAAGAAGUCGCUGAAGGAGGGGUUCAAGGACCUGUUCUCUCGCAAGAAGUUCGGCCACGGCGAGGCGCACUACCUCGGCACCUCCCAGCCGCAGGGCGCGGCCCAGCCCGGUCCCAGCAGGAGGCCCGCGGAUGCCCAUCGCUCCAGGCUGACCGCAGAGGCGCCCGCCCAGCCUCAGGGGAGGAAACAGCCGCUGGGGGCAGGCGGUAGCUCCGGAGGGGGCGCUCCAAGCUCGCGGCCUGCGGGCGGUAGUCCCUCUGCACAGGGAAGUGCCUCCAACCCCAGCCGAAAGGGGGAUUACGGGGUGAGUCCUUCGUGGGAUCUGGGCCGCGAUGGAUCUGCGCAGCCACCCAAUAGAGACACCCCAGCUGCUGAUGGUGUCAGCAAAGGAGCCUCCGAGGAGUUGCAGGUCGGGAUAGGGCUGCUGGUGUCUGACGCCUCUAAUGCGCAAAGCGCCCAGGUGCUCCGGAGGGUGCUGAGGAACAUCCUGGGCAACCCAUCAGAACAGAAGUACCGACGUCUGCGGCUGGACAACCCCAAGAUAGUGGAAAAUGUGGUGGCGGUAAAUGGUGCUCUGGACAUCUUGCGUGCCUGCGGCUUUGAGGAGCAGGUCAUGGAGGGGACAGAAAGGUUCAUGGUGAUGCCUGAAUCAGCAGAACUUGGUCCAGCAAGAGAGGCCGUGAGGCUGCUGGACUUGCACUUCCCAGUGCCUGCACCCGCCACUGGCACUGCUCAACCCCCUCCAUCGCAGUCAUCGACGCCGCAGCCUUUGGCACAGCCGGCUGCAAGGCCUCGAAACACCAAGCUGUUGUUGCCACGCCCGACAGAGGCAGACAUCCCUGACUGGUUCUUCCAGAGGACUGGAGGGGAGAUCAGAAUGCAGUACCUCGCAGCCAAGAAGGCAAGGGAAGAUUCGCAGGUGCUCAUGACCAAAGCCUACAGGGAGCAACUGCAGGCGGCAAAGAGAGGCCCUCCCCCUGACCAUGCUGUGAUACGGAUUCGCCUUCCGGAGGGCGUUUUGCUGCAGGGAGAGUUCGGGGCGAGAGAGCCUCUGACUUCCAUCCUGGAGUGGGUUGCUGAGCAAGCCAGGGACCCCACCCGCACGUUUGAACUAUACUUGCCCACACGGCAGGUAUUACCGGUAGUUGGGCUUGUGAAGGACGCCGACCUUAUGCCUACUACGCUAAUGAACUUUAGGUUCAGCGAUGAGAUUCGGACACCACAACAUGCACCCACUGUCAAGGAUGAGCUCUUGCAGGCCGCCGAGAUGGACUGGAAACUGUAG